AUGAGACUCCAUCAGCGACCUGCGUCCUGCGCCUUUAAGGACCAAGAGCUCCGUGGUCAUGUGCAAGGGGAGCGUCACCAGGAAGCGGUUCUGCGACGCGCAGGGAGGAAGACGCACAUACACAAACCCGGCUUGUCAGCGGGGCGAGAGGAAGCGGCGCGGAGAGGCCCCAAGGAGCCUGAAGUCGCGGGGUCAGUGUCCUCGGGCCCACCCCUCGCUGCCAUGGCGACGGCCGCCAGCGCCCUGGACUAUUACUUGGCGCUGUGCGCGCGGCCCGUGCAGUUCGAGAAGGCGAGCCCCGUUAAUUGCGUCUUCUUCGACGAGGCCAAUAAGCAGGUUUUUGCAGUUCGAUCUGGUGGAGCUACUGGUGUGGUAGUUAAAGGCUUGGAAGAUCGCAAUCCCAUCUCCUUCAGAAUGGAAGACAAAGGGGAGGUGAAGUGCAUCAAGUUUUCUUUGGGGAACAAGAUAUUGGCUGUCCAGAGAACACCAAAGAACGUGGACUUUCUGAACUUCAUUCCAGACAGCCCACAAUUAGAAUAUACUCAAGAAUGCAAGACCAAGAAUGCCAACAUUCUCGGAUUCUGCUGGACAAGUUCUGCAGAAAUUGUCUUCAUAACAGAUCAAGGAAUUGAAUUUUACCAGGUAUUGCCAGAAAAACGGACCCUGAAACUUGUAAAGAGUCAGAAUAUUAAUGUAAACUGGUACAUGUACUGUCCUGAGAGCUCUGUCAUUCUGCUGUCAACCACAGUUCUUGGAAAUGUUCUGCAGCCAUUCUAUUUCAAGGGUGGAACUAUGUCAAAGCUGUCCAAAUUUGAAAUUGAAUUGCCUGCAGCUCCCAAAUCAUCCAAGCUCAGCCUUUCUGAAAGAGAUAUUGCUAUGGCCACAAUAUAUGGCCAGCUUUAUGUUCUCUACUUGAGACACCACUCAAGGACAUCCAGUAGUACAGGAGCUGAAGUGGUCCUUUAUCACUUACCAAGGGAAGGUUCAUGUAAGAAGUUGCAUAUAUUGAAGUUAUACAGGACUGGAAAGUUUGCACUAAAUGUUGUGGAUAACUUGGUGGUAGUUCAUCAUCAGGAUACUGAGACCUCUAUUAUAUUUGAUAUCAAACUAAAAGGAGAAUUUGAUGGCACAGUUACCCUUCAUCAGUUUGUACUUCCAGCUCGGUCCAUACAACCCUAUCAGAUCCCUGUAGCAGGUCCAGCUUCGGUAACUAGCCAGUUUCCAGUUCCCUGUAAACUCUAUUCCUCAUCCUGGAUUGUCUUUCAACCUGAUAUUAUCAUCAGUGCAAGUGAAGGUUAUCUUUGGAACCUGCAGGUGAAACUUGAGCCUAUAGUAAAUCUCCUGCAAGACAAAGGGAAACUCAUGGAUUUUCUUCUUCAGAGAAAAGACUGCAAAAUGGUUAUUCUUUCUGUGUGUUCUCAGAUGCUAAGCGAGCCAGACAGAGGAUCACUGGGCAUGAUUGCCACUGUUUUUGACAAACUCAACCAUGAGUAUAAGAGAUACUUGGAAGCAGAACAGAGUUAUAAUAUGGCAUUAGAAUCUGGGCAGAGUAGAAGCAAUCCACCCCCAAAACGACCAGUUCGUACCCAGGCUGUUAUUGAUCAGUCAGACAUGUAUACUCAUGUCUUGUCUGUCUUUACUGAAAAAAAGGAGGCACCUCACAAGUUCACAAUAUCCGUCUUAAUGGAGUAUAUUCGCUCACUGAAUCAAUUCCAAAUAGCUGUCCAGCAUUAUCUAUAUGAACUGGUUAUCAAAACCCUUGUUCAGCACAACCUAUUCUAUAUGCUUCACCAGUUCCUGCAGUACCAUGUUCUCAGUGAUUCAAAACCUCUGGCCUGCCUGCUGUUGUCUCUAGAGAGCAUUUAUCCUCCAGCACAUCAGCUUUCCCUAGAUAUGUUAAAGAGACUUUCUACGGCAAAUGAUGAAAUAGUGGAAGUUUUGUUGUCUAAACAUCAGGUAUUGGCUGCCUUGAGGUUUAUCAGGGGCAUUGGAGGACAUGACAGCAUCUCUGCCCGCAAGUUCCUUGAUGCAGCAAAGCAGACUGAAGAUGAGAUGCUUUUCUAUACCAUAUUCAGGUUCUUUGAGCAAAGAAAUCAGCGAUUACGUGGAAGCCCUAGUUUCACUCCAGGAGAACAUUGUGAAGAGCAUGUCACAUUUUUUAAGCAGGUUUUUGGAGACCAAGCACUGAUGAAGCCCACCACUUUCUGAAGUAGCAGUCAUUUCAAUACAAAAAAAUGUAUAAACUUAAUUUAUUGCAUUUAUGUACUGAUACUUUUGACCUACAAAAAUUCCUAUUUUAUAAUAAAGUAUAUAUACAGAC